GCUCCGUCAAGCAUUUAUAAAAUGCGCACAAUCUUACCGGAAACGGAGUUAUUUAUUUCAAAACAAAAGCGAAAAAUGUAUGUCUUAGUGCAAAAAAAAGGGGAAAAAUAUAAACAUCACACUCAUUAAUUAGAAAGCUUUUAUAAAUGUUUGAUAUGUUCUUUUAUUUUCCCACGAUACGGCAAAUUUUGGUAAUUUACUUCUGUUUCAUGAUGUUUGUUUUUUUUGUUUUUUUAAUUGCUGAUUUUAAUUCCCCCUUUCUUUCUGUAAAACACUUUGUUAAGAAAAGUGCUAUAUAAUUAUUAUUGCUUGACGGACUAAAAAGGUGUUGAGGUACGACAUAGAAGCAAAAGUUGUCAUCUACAGUACUGUAUAAAUGUAUAAGUCUAAUGGGCCCCAGAUUCAUUCUGCAGCAUGAGACAAUGAGUCCAAAUAUUCAGCCAGAGUCAUAAAGAACUGUCUUCAGACAAAGAAGAACAAGGAGUCCUGCAACUGAUGUUGGGGCCAUCACAGAGCCCUGAUCUGAAACAGCUCGCACGGCCCAUUUGGUUUUAUUGUGAAAACCUUACCCGGAAGCUACACGCUCUCGUACUGUCAAACUUGACACCGGUAAACGCUUCACUCCCUCCAUUCAUUUCACUGGCACACAGUCGCAUCCUAGCAGCGAACCCUCCCCUCCUGUUUCUCUCCGCCUGGAAAGAUGGCUGCUCCGGUGGUGGUGAGACGCUCCGGCCCGGCGCUCUGCCCGAGCUUCGCGGAGGUCUGUUCGUUCUUGGACCGAUAUGGAGCUGCGCUGGAUCUACCCGAGAUGACUUUCCCGCAGAUGGAGAGGUAUCUGCGGGACACGACGACAGUACCUAAACCCCUUGUGGAGCUCCACGUGAAGCUGCUCAGAAAACUGGGAAGGUCUGUGUCUACUGACCGCUGGGAAAAAUACCUGGCUAAGGUUUGCCAGGAGUUGAACAACACCUGGGCAUGGGAGCUGGAACAGAAGGGCUACCAGGAGAUGUCCAUGGAGUGCAAGUCAAGCAUCCUCAAAUAUCUCUGCGAGUGUCAGUUUGAUGACAAUCUGAAGUUCAAGAUGGCGAUCAAUGAGGAGGACCCAGAGAAGAUGCGUCUGCAGCCUGUAGGUCGGGACCGGUAUGGUCUGAUGUACUGGCUUCAGCUGGACCAGGAGCAGAACAUCCGGCUGUACACGGAGGAGCAGGACGAUCUGGACGGAUCCACCUGGAACUGUAUCGUCAGGACUCGUAAUGACCUGGCGGAGGCUCUGGAGCUGUUGAAGGCUCAGAUUGAUCAAAACCAGAAUCAGGACAAGGACAAGGACAAGGACCAGAACCAGAACCAGAACCAGAACCAGGCUGGAUCCAGGAGCGCCAGCCCCACAGAGAAAGAUGCAGGGGACGAGGCCAUAGGAAGCACCAGCUCCAAACCCAAGACCACAGAGGAACAUGCUAUGAAGGUUGACCCUGUACAGGAAGACAAACCCCUAAGACAAGUGUUAAAGCAGGAGCAGACAUCGACCAUCAAGCUGGAAAACACUGAGGCUGAGGUAAAGGAAGACAAGGCUGACCACAAACCACCUGUGUUCGAUAACCGCGUGAGCACCAUCACCACCAUCGUCAAAUCAGAAUCCAGGGACGCCGAUGCCCCCAAAAAUGCUGUGUCAGUCGUCAUGGCACCAGGUGCGACUGUGACAAAACAGGAAAUGAACAAGGAGGAGGAAGCAGGGCGGGCAGUCGUCAGGAGCAACCAGCAGGCCAAGAUACCACUGAAGAAGAGGGAGCUUAAGCUUGCUGAGAGUUACCACAGCAACCACCUUAACAACAACAACAACAACAGCAGCAGUAGUAUUAUUGUCUGUAACCCUUCAGUGAUCCAAAGCAAGGACAGCCAUGGAAGAGAAGGGAAGUUACCUAACUCAUUACCGCCCCCUGGCAGUCCAGCCGUCUCACAGCAGCAGCAGCUAGUGGUCACUGCAUCAAGACAAGAACUGACCAAUGGGAGGGCAUCUCUCCUCCUGCCUCACAAAGAGGGACAAAAUGGAGUUAUAGGGGUCAUUGGUCAAGUCGGUGUUAUAGGUCAUGUAGGGGUCAUCCGCAGCCCAUCUGAGCGUCACAGAGCCCCAUGUGCUGAGCAGCAGGAACAAAACGGACCAAAUAUUGACCACUGGGGCUCCAGAGCUGUGGAGGAAGAGAGGGAGGUGAGCCGGCAGUCAGUGCUGGUGAGGAAGGGACCUUCCGAAGGGGAGAUGGCAGCAGCAGCCACUGCUCUUCCUCCUCAUGCAGCGAAGCUACCAUUGUCAUCAUCAAAACCUGAUCAACCCCCUGAAGCUGCAGAGAGAAAAGUGGACUCUGUUAGCAUUUCUUCCCUGUCUCAGUCCACAGAGGAACCCAAGAGACUGCCGGCGGAAGACCAGGGUAAAAGAACAACGGAAGAGCGGUUAGACAAGGAGACAAAAACCGGACACAGCAGUCGUCAACAGAAGGAUGACGACGUGGACGGGAGGGAGGACAGGAGAAGAGAAGUGUCUGAGCGCCCUGUGGUAGAUGAAGGAAGUAAAGAUGACCAUGAAAAGAACACUCUAGGGAAAGUGGGGGCAGAAUCAGGGGGCUCUGUUCCACCUCUAAAAGUAGAACAGAAAGAUGAAAAGGACCACCAGGACCACCUGGGAGAUGGGGUCAAUGGUGGCCUGACAGCCCAGGUUAGGGUGAAGGACAAUGGGCAUGGAUCAGAGGAGAGGCAGGGUCCCCUGGAGGAAGCCUCCUCUGAGCUCCAGAAAGAAGGAAUCAGGCUGAAGAUAAAGAUUCCUCCCCACAGGAGAAACAAGUUGAGGGGGAAAGGGGGAAAAGAGGAGGGGAAAGAGAGGGAGCAGGAGGUACAAGAGGAGGGGAGGCCGUUGAGGAGAUCUGCAAGGAUUUGCAGAUCAUCUGCUUUGCCAACCUGCAGGCCGAGCUCGAAGGCAGCUGAGAGCCAGAGGAAGAAACCACAGAGAAAACAAGUGCUGCCUACCAGAACGAGGGAAGAAGAGGAAGAGGAGGACGAAGAAGAGGAAGAAGAUGAAGAGGAACAAAGUUCACCAACAAAGAAAGACAGAAAAGCAGAACCUGUCGGGCAAAUUAGGAAACGAAGGGGUAAACGGAGGCAUCGACGCCCCCGAUGGUCCAACAUUCGUUCGAAGAGACGUAAACUGGGUGAAGGAGGGGAGGUGGAGGACAGAGGGAGGAAACAAGGAGAGGAGGAGAGCGAAGGAGGGAGCGACUCAGAAGAAUCAUGUAAAUCAGAGGAGAUUCCCAGUGAAGAUGCCUGCACUCACUGCGGCCUGCCCAACCACCCUGAACUGAUUCUGCUGUGCGACUCCUGUGACAGUGGAUACCACACUGCCUGUCUGCGGCCGCCGCUCAUGUUGAUUCCAGAUGGAGAGUGGUUCUGUCCACCCUGCCAACAUAAGCUGUUGUGUGAGAAACUGGAGGAGCAGCUGCAGAAUCUGGACAGUGCUCUGAAGAAAAGAGAGAGAGCAGAGAGGAGGAGGGAGCGGCUGGUGUAUGUGGGAAUCAGUGUGGAGAACAUCAUACCUGAGGGAGAUGAGGAGGAAGAGGAGAAGUCCCCAAAGAAGAAAGAUUCCAAAAAGAGUAAAAAUCUGGGAAGGAGAUCAACCAGAACCAGGAAACACAUCAGCUACAGAUUUGAUGACUUUGACGAUGCCAUUGAUGAAGCCAUAGAGGAGGACAUCCGAGACCUCUGUGGUGGAACAGCGCGAGGCAAAGACAUCACUGCCAUCCUGUCAGAGGACGGCAAGGAGAGCCAGCGGCCAAUCAGAAGCCAAGCUCAUGCUGCCAGAAACAGGAAGAAGCGGAGACUGAAUGACCUGGAGAGUGACAGCACAGCAGCAGAGAGUGAAGACGAGUUCAUGCUCAGCAACAGCUCAGAGGAUGAAGAUUUUGGUGCGUCAGGGGCAGAUGAUGAUGAAGAGGAAGAUGAAGAUGCUGGCAGCGAGGUGGGCAGCUGGGACAGCGGGACCCGCCCCAGACGGGCAAUGAAAGGGGUGCCUAAACACAGACCUAGCAAGACCCAACGCAGGGGCAGGAAACGGCUGAGACGGCGGCGGAGACGCUCCUCGGAGGAAGAGGAGGAGGAAAGCGAUGAAGAAAUAGAUUCGGAUCAGUUCAGUGACAUGACCGACAGUGAUGCUGACAAAAAGAGGCGGGGUCUGAGGCGGGGCCAGCACCAGCAGGUCAACUACCGUGAGACGUCCGAGUCGUCAGACAACUCCCGGACCUCCGCCGUCAAGACCAAGGUCAAACCCAGAGGCAGACCACGCAAGGAGCAUCUCUCCAGCGACUACAGCGAUGUGUUGCCUUCUUCCAGAGACUCGGAGGAGGAGGAUGAUUAUGAAGAUGAAGAGGAGGACGACCAGCGAAGGAGAGUGAACAGGAGAAGAAGAGAGGAGGAAGACCUCCAAAGAAAGAGGAUGAGAGAAAAGCGGAGGAGAUACGAAGACGACGAGGACGAGGAGGACGACAGAGAGAGAGGGAGGCGGCUGAAAAGGAGACUGUUGGAGAGGGAGGACGACAGAGACAAGCAGAGGAGGUUAAAGAGGACAGACAGAGACGAGGAGGACCUGGAGAAGAUGGGCAGAGGGAAGAGGAGAGAGAUUCUGUCACAGCAGCGGCGCAAACGGCUCGCUCAGAUGCUGAAGAAGCGGCGGCCUUCGACGGACGACGAGGAUGAGGAUGAGUCAGAUGAAACCGAGUCGUCAUCGGAAGAGGAUCGUCCAAUCCGCAAAAGACUCAACCGCAUCGACUCUGAUGACGACGACGACGACGGCGACGACGAUGAUGAUGAAGAGGAAGACGAGGAGGAAGAGGGGGGAAGACAGAGGGUGACGACCAAAAAGUCUUCAGUGGUAGAGAGGAGGGCCGACAGCGACGCUCAGGAAAAGGGAAGGGGCCGCAGCCUGUCUCCGUCAAACAGACAUCGGACCUCCAGAGGCCCAGUGAAGUCUGGGGCUGGAAGUCCCACUGCGCCCAGGGACAGUGCAGGAUCAGGCAGGCAAGGCAGGCACAAUGGCCCCUUCCAUCCAGAAGGGGGGGAAGAUGAGGAGGAGGAGGAGGAGGAGGAGGAGGAUGAGGAGGUCCAGACAGACUCAAUAAACUCUGUCCAGAACAGUCCGCAGUCAUGAUGGCUGUGUUUGUGUGAAUAACGCUUGAUUCUUUCUUUUCGGUUUUUCUUUUAACUGUCGGCCUCUCACUCACAAACCACCUUUGAAACUGGAUAUCUCUCUUUCCCUCCACCGAUUUCUCUUCUCCUUCGUACUCCCCCGUCUUGCUCUUCCUCCUCGCUGUUGUAUUGUAGUAGGGUGCUAUCCACCAUCACAUACUGUACAGAAACUCGUGAGUACCAGUACCCAUUUCCACUCAUCAUCACGUCUGGCGGAACAGAGCAGCCAGCAGGCCGGACCAAAAGCAUCCUCACAGCAGAACUGGCAGCACUUCAUGCUUCAGCAGACGCACUCGCAGCUGGAGGUUAUCGUGACCAUUUCCCUGAACUCUUGAGUUAUGGACGUCUGUCUGGUGGCUCCAUGUGACAGUAUGAUAGUGGUUUCAUCCCAUUUGGGUCUGACUGUAUUGGACACAGGAGUCUGUUUGUAGUGUACCUCAUCCUAAAGCACUUCAUCAUUCUCAUCGCACUUAAUAACCUGCCACCAAGGAGAGGGCCAGUGUCGAACCGAACACGUGAUGGAUGAAGAUCUGUCACAGAAUGACAUAGAAGUAUAGUUUCUAACUUCCGUCUAGUGUUGUCUACCCACACAGAUUUUUCUGGUUUUAUUUGUGCAGGCUUUGAGAGUUCUUCCUCCAAAACAAUGGAAGUGAACGGAAUUGUGUUUGUUUCAUUGUUGUGGCGCUGUCCUGAAAAAUGACCCAGUAGCCUGAGGGUUAAUGUGUAUACCACAAAUCUUCAAUUACCGAGGUUUGGCCACUGGGCAGGAGACAUUUGCUGCAUGUCAUGCAAAAUGUUGAGUUUUUAAAAUACCAUUUAUUUUUCAGCGCAGUUAGCACCACCUACUAAAUAAAGGUUCACUUCCAUUGUGUUGGUGUCGUGGCUUUAAUCUCAGGCAGAUAGGUCAAAACUUGCACAAAUCAAAUCUAAUCCAUCACCAUGGUGACAUACUGUUAGAGGUAAGGAAUCCACUUUUGGAGCAAGUUGCCUCUUCUAAGUUUUUUUUUCCUGGAUAAGAUCAUGACCCAAACAACCAAAGAUGUAAAGCGGUCAACAGCCUUAUUUACAUGCUGACUACAGUUAAAAUCAGACCCGAGUCCACUGAAACUGGUCAGGUCCCAACUCAGGAGCUGGAUCCACUGAAGGACUGGUCAGACCAACCCUGCUCCUCUUCCUCUUCAUCCUCCUCACACGAGACAGUUCAGAAUCAUGAGAGCGCAACAGUAAUGGUGCAUUCAGGUGCUCCUCGUCAACUUGUAAAGUAAAACAUUUUGGAUUUUUAACUUCCCAGCGGGCAAACAGCGUACGUCUAUGGUAAAUCUUAGUAGUAUAGAGCUGAAAAGAUUAGUCCAUGAAUUGAUCAGUUGAUCAACUAUUUUCAUAAUCCAUUAAUUGUUAAGAUCUUUUUUUUUUUAAAAGCAAAAACACCAAACAUUUAUUUUCAUGUACAGCUUCUCAUUAGUGAUGAUUGGCUGCUUUUCUUUGUCUAAUGUGAUAGAUAGAAUAUUUUUAGGCUUUAAGAACGUUGUCAGGCAAAAAAAAAAAAGAAAUUUGAUGGAAACUUCAGGAAAUUUUGACAAUUUUUUCUGAUAUUUUAUAGACUAAACAAUUAUUCAGUUAUGUGAGAAAAUAACAAAAUGUAAAAUAAUCAUUAGUUGCAACCCUGAUAAAUAUAUUUGUAUAACUUGUAUUGAAAUCUUGUAAUGAACAAUAUUUCGAGGACCACCUGAACGCAAAUACGUGAUGCAGAUGAGGAUCGCCUGAACACAUAUUAAAAAAACUGGCCAUUCGAUUUAUGGUGGGAUACAAGCAUGCAGCACUUUGUCUUGUAAUUGUCAAUUUUAGAAAGUUGUGUUUUUUAGAUACAGACUGUCAGUCAUUUAAACUCAUAUAAAUCAUAAAUAAAAUACAAAUGCAUUAACAGCAGCAUCUUCAGAACAUUAAAUCUAAGUGGCUGUACAUGAUAUCUAUCCAUUUGACACAUUGGACCGUUUGGGAUUCGGGACGUUGCCUCUGACCGUCAGUGUUCGGUUUCGGACUGGUCGCUCAUUUGUCCCGUGUGUUCACAGAGCCUUGGUGGGUGGGGACACGUUUGCUGUACAUACUUUGCCUGUACGCUGUUCCUUGUAAGAUAAUAGAUGUUUUGUUCUUAGUCCUCUUGUAAAAUAUAGUGUUAUAUUUUCUAUAUGAAGGAGAGGAGUUGAGAUGCUGCUGUGGGUGAUGUGUGGAUCAAUGGGGUUUCAUUUCAAUGGGGUUUCAUCGACGGUUUGCUCAUUUGAGAUUCUGCAGCCGUUGUGUGAAAUAAGACCAGCGUUGGACCCUGUUCUCCAGUAAACUGUGACAGAAUACUGCUCACUUUCAGGCCUGUGUGGUACAAGCUCAAAGGUUUUUAACACUUCGUAUCCCUGAAGGGAACCCCAGGAGUUUUUAAGAGGGAACAAAGCUUUAUUUUUUUGAUUGAGGCUCAGGGGAGGAAAAUGAACGCUGGUCAAAAAAAAAAAAAAUCAAACAACUUUUAACUUUGUUUUCUCCACCAGCCAUCUCAGCUUCUGAAUAAGCAUCACUGUAAAAAAUUCACAUGGUUUUAUCUGGUCAAACGGCUGAAGUGACAGGUGAAUUUAUGGGCUCACUGCGAGGUCUCUUCUGUUGGGCAGAAUGGAAGAAUUCCUUCAACUUCAUACUGUCAAAUCACUGUUUAGGCUUUAAAUGAGUUUGAUCCUGCUGUUCACAUAAUCCGAGCUGUUAACGUGAAGCCUGGCCUUGUUGUACCCUGGAUACCCCGGAUGUUGAAUCUCUAACGAUCCCACUUUAAAUGCAGAUGGUUGGACUCAAAUGUUACUACGACCUCGCAGAUCUUUCUUUUACUUCUCUCUGUCCAAACUCUGGGCCUGUCUUUAUCAAACCUCCAAGGAUUACACUUCAAAAUGCUUUAAAGAGCGAAGUUAGGAAUAAACAAGUUACUGAGGGUGAGCAAUAAAGCACUUUUAUUAAGCUAAUUUACUCUACAGCACCUGCUUUUAACUCUCUCUCUCUCUCUCUCUAUUCGAUUCAUUUUAAUUACUAAGAAAUGUUGUGAAUAACUUUUAUCUUCAGAGUAAAAGUGAGGGAUUUUUACUUUUUCCUUUUCACUUAAGUCCAAAAUAUGACUUUUAUCCGGUUGAUAAAUUCGGGCCCAGAUCAGAUUGAUCCUCCAACUUGAUUUUGGAUUCACAUGUGACGUGUAGAGACUCUGUGAAAUGUCUCCUCACUUGAUUUUCUUUGUAGCUCUGUUUUUACAACACCUGGCCUUUUUCUGAUGAACCUCACAUGACAUAAGAGUACGUUUUAAUGAGCCCUGGUUCCAAACAGAGCAGAAGCACUAACCUGAGGCCCCCUCAAAGACAUUUCAAGUAAGAUUAUGUUUUAAUAGACCUUCAUCCAAGUAACUAACACAGUUGACUCUAGCUCUUAUCACAAAGGGAUUUCAGGGGCUUCCAGGAGCAAGAGAUACAGUCACAGUUAAAGGAUUGUUUUCUUUUUUCACCCGAAGAUGUCACAAAGCAAAUUGCAAAGUUUUCUACAGUAAAAAAUUUGAAAGACAAUUUAUGUGUGACUCCCUUUUUAAGAAGUGUUUUGUGGUCACACUGUUUGUCAGAAACAGACCGAUCGAGUAAACUCUGUGUCACGUGUCAGAGAACAUAGAAAAGUAAACUGAAGAUCCAUAUGAAGAGAGAUAAGAGCUAGAUGAUUUCUCAAGUUCUUUCAUUCCAUUUUCAAACCGACGUGAAUUAUUGUUGCGUGUAUGCUGGUGUGCGAUCUGUAGAAGGUCAACAACUCAGUUUCUGUAGCUGUGAGUGUUUACCAGUGGCCUUAUUUAUUAGAUCCUGGUCUGAAAUUUGAAUAAAUGAAAAGUGUUCUUUGACAAUAUCCUCUAUAUCCUCUAACAUUCUGUAAUCAUUUAAAAAAAACAGAAAAUCAAGGCUAUACAAGUCAAAUGUCAGAUUAUUUUGGUGAUUUACAUUUAGCUUAUGAAAAAAAAACUGCCAAAACUGGAGGAUUUUGUAUAAAUAUCAGCUUUAGAAAACUCACUGCUUUUGUUUGCUGUUGGGUUGCAAACACAAGAUUUGUGCUGAAGAAUCUCAGUGUGUCAAAAUCACCCAACUAUGAUGGAAAAGUUGAUAAUUGGGAUUUCUGGGUUUGGUACAAGCUUCCUGGCGCUGCUCUCUCACAGUCAGCUACAGUGACUAAACAGAUCCCAGAUGGCUGGAGUUCAACCAGCCGGUCAAUUACUAAAUGUUCUUUCCGGUACUUUCCUGUGACUGUUCAGGUGUUGUGGGACUUUGUUGUGAAAAAGUACCAAUUAGAAGAGAUAAGAUGCUCUUUGGACUGGGUCUCAUUAGCUGUUCUCACUUGUACUCAUGUUAUCCAUUGCAGAUGUGAUAUGUGUCUAGAUGUUAAAAACAGAGUGUUUUAGAAAAUCCCCUUCAUGCAGAACUGCAGGGUCAGCAUCUCCAUCAUCAGCAAUGAGCUCAGCUGGACUCUCAGUGCUUAAGAUUUCACUUACAUUAGGCCGAGGUAGAACCAAAAGUUUUAUGAUUUUUUAAAUUUUUUUUAUCCACAGUUUGACCCCCGACCUCCCCCCCAACCCCACCUUUAGCAGAAAGGGGAGAUUAAUGUGUGCUUAUGCCACCAGCCCAAAAUCUAUCCAGUGAACCUGAUUUGCAUCUGCAUUUGCCACCGUGGCAGAUUGUGUUGGUUUUAAAAUGGCACCACUGGAUGUGACUGCAGCUCCUUCCAUUUCUCUGUUGUACUGUUACUGUAGUAUCGCUGUAACAUAAAUGUUUUCUAAGUUAUUAAAACCAACAUCCCAGGCAUCUCCUCAAACACA